CCUAUAGGUCUCAAACGUUACAUUUCGGAAACACGUUAAAGAUCUUUAUUCAUCAUACAGGAAACAAGAUUAUGAAUGUUCCAAGGAAUUCGCGAACUCUACUUGGAAAACAGCCAGCCAGAAUCUUACUAGUGGACAUCAAUGGUUUUCUCCAUGAUUCAGCGAUUAUAGACGGUGUUGCUGAGGCUAUGGACAAUUUCUUCUCUGUAGCCUGUAACAUUGGAGGCCCGUCCCGAAUGCCUUUGUUUGGAAUAGUAACAUUUUCAGCUUAUCCAGAGAUUUUGUUACCAUUGUCGCAUGUAAAGAGUAAUUAUGCAAGAAUACAAAGCGCGGUAAAGGACUUACAAUCCUCUUUGAAUGGCAGAAAUAUGGCGUCUGAGACGGAAGGCACUGUCACAAGAGCAAUUGAAGAGGCUUGCAAGCAGUUUAAAAGACAAAUGUUGCAGAAUAGUAUUCAGAUUCGAGGAGUUCUCCAACAGGUCGAGAUCAUUCUUUUGACAACAAGACCACCUAGAAAGUCGCAACAGGAGAUAGAAGACGCUUUGGAGAAUAGUGAUCUCACUAACUUAAAGAGGGUGCAGUUGGUGAUCGUUGAUUCGUGGUCUCCAGAUCUCGAGGAUAGUCAAAGCAGCACAAUUUCCUGUAACAGCCCAGCUAGCGGACUAGUGGAUGUUCUUCAUGUAGAUGGAGAUAGCCAAAGCCUGCACAACUUUUUCAAAGAUUGGCUUUUAGAUUUCAACACAGACAGCGAACAUUUACACUUAAUUUUACCCGGAGAAUCAUUAAGUGAGAGUGAAAAUAUCACCAUUAGAUGUGAUCUACAGGAAAGAAUACUGAAUCCUGCUCAACUGCCAUACUAUGAACAAUUCACAGUGCACUCGGAAUCUACCAGCAUGAAAACAUUCCCAACCCCAAGCAAAGCCACUGGUAUGUGCAUUCCAAUACAUAGAAUAGUCACCACUGAUGUGAUACCGAUACAGAAUAUAUGUGAAUCCUUAGUCUUCGGAGUGCCUUUGAUACUUCAAGCAACUAGCUGCUGGAAGCUGGAAUGGGAAGAGUUGGAGAAAAAUCAACAGCACUUUAAAGCCCUGUGCUACAUUCUUAUGGAAAAGGAAAUGGCUCUGGUCGGACAAGUUAAGUCACCAGACCCUUGUAUAAGUGAACACAGGAAAAUGAAUAAAAAUCCACAGACCCUGGAAGAGAAACCUUGUGGUUGGUACGUGUUUCUACCAGCUCCAAAUGGAACUCUACUGGUGAAGGGCAUCGCAGCUAAAGAGCUACUCCUCCCAUACAAAGUAACCUCAACUAUGGAUGACAUUUCAGAUGAUGCUUUAGAGGACAUGCGAGCAAGUUUUGAAAAGCUACCAGUUCUGGAAGAUUUCAACCCUCUUAAUCGACCCUCUGGACUGUACGAGUGUUUAAAGACGAAAUAUGGUCGACAGGAAGAUAAACACACGAAGCACAAGUCCAGACUUGACGAUGAUAUAAGUAUUUCUCCUUCCAAACAAACAUGUCCUGGAGCUACUCUAAGAAUAGAUAACACAGGGCGAAGAACUUCAGGAGCAAAAGGAAACGCAAAUAGGAAACUGUCACCUCUCCCCGUCAAAGUCGGUCAUCUUAAAUCACUUAUUGAAUUUCCACAUGAACUUUGAAGCACAUAAAGAGUGUUCAAACAGCUAAAAUGAAAAUGUUUGGAUCGACUGCUUCAAGGUAUGGAUAUCUCUUGAUUAUGACAUUUACCCUAAAAACCAAAACAUAAACAUUUUGUGAAAUAUUUGAACUUGUGCUGAAAAAGCCAUGUUUCAAUUUUUUAAUGUCAUGCAUGAGUUUAAUUUUGUAAAUAUAUUAAAGAAUCAUUAAUAGAAUGUUUA